GCGGCCGUCAAUCGCGUCGAUAAAGUGCUUUACAUUCAGAAAAUACAGAAACUCAAAGACAAAGAGUCAAAGAAUGCAGAAAUAGCUCUCAUUUGCGGUAAUAUCAGAGAAGCGGAGAAUAUUCUGCUUCAAAGCGGAUUCAUUCUGAGAGCCAUUUCCCUGAAUCUGGAACUCUUCAGAUGGGAAAGAGCUCUCGAAUUGGCCCUCAAAUACGAUAAGAAUAACAAUUUUGUUGAAUUGGUUCACGCAUUCAGACACAGAUAUCUCGAGAGAGUCGGUAAAAAGGAAACGGUUCCAGCAUUUCGACAACUUUCCAAUGAUACGGAGUUCUCUGAAUGGUCUGUAUAUCAAGAAAGACUGGACACGGCUUAUGAGCACAGAGUUGUCACACAAUCCAAGAGUACGUCCAAAAAGUGAUUGAUUUGUUAAUACAACGAUUGCAAUGACGAAAAACAACACUUAUUGUGGAAAAUGAAUGAAUG